GCAUAUUCUCUUACCCUUUUACCUCUGCCUCUGAGCAUCAAUCUAGAACAGCAGUCCGAUUCUACUCAGGACAAGUUACUAUACGCAAUCAACCUGAACAUCUUCUCUACCCCACGUCACAUACCCCGCCAUUCACAAUGGGUCUCCUGUCAGAGCUCAACAUCAAGCCUGGUGUCGUCUACGGCGAUGACCUCCUGAAGCUGUUCAACUACGCCAAGGCCAAGCAGUUUGCCAUUCCUGCUGCCAACGUCACCUCCUCUUCCACCGCCGUUGCCGCUCUCGAGGCUGCCCGCGAGGCCAAGUCCCCCAUCAUCCUCCAGACUUCCCAGGGUGGUGCCGCCUACUUCGCCGGCAAGGGCAUCCCCAACAGCGCCGACAAGCAGGAGGCUUCCGUCGCCGGUGCCAUUGCUGCCGCUCACUACAUCACCUCUAUCGCCCCCAUCUACGGCGUUCCCGUCGUCCUUCACUCUGACCACUGCGCCAAGAAGCUUCUGCCGUGGCUCGAUGGUAUGAUCUCCGCCGAUGAGGAGGAGUUCAAGCGCUCCGGCCACCCCCUCUUCUCCUCCCACAUGAUCGAUCUCUCUGAGGAGGAUGUCACCUACAACAUCGAGACCACCGCCAAGUACCUCAAGCGCUCCGCUCCCAUGAAGCUGUGGCUCGAGAUGGAGAUCGGUAUCACCGGUGGUGAGGAGGACGGUGUCAACAACGAGGAUGUCGACAACAACUCCCUCUACACCCAGCCCGAGGACAUCUACGCCAUCUACCAGGCCCUGAGCCCCAUCAGCCCCUUCUUCUCCAUCGCUGCCGGUUUCGGUAACGUCCACGGUGUCUACAAGCCUGGCAACGUCAAGCUUCACCCCGAGCUCCUCGGCAAGCACCAGGAGUUCGUCCAGCAGAAGCUGGGCACCGACGACAAGAAGCCCGUCUUCUUUGUCUUCCACGGUGGUUCCGGCUCCGCCGUCGAGGAGUUCCAGAAGGCCAUCUCCUUCGGUGUCGUCAAGGUCAACGUCGACACUGACUUGCAGUGGGCCUACCUCACUGGUAUCCGCGACUACGUCACCAACAACAUCGACUACCUGAAGACCCAGGUCGGUAACCCCGAGGGUGACGACAAGCCCAACAAGAAGAAGUACGACCCCAGAGUCUGGGUCCGUGAGGGCGAGAAGACCAUGAAGGCGCGCGUCAAGCAGGCUCUGUUUGACUUCAACGCCAACGAUGUUUUGUAAAGGAAGAGUAAUGGGUGAUACCUCCACAGAGAUGAGACCAAAAACGGGAAGGG